UGCUGGGGCGGAGUGUCGGCCCGUUGCACUAUCCCGUCUGACCGCGCCAGUUUGAAUGAAAGCUCUUCAAGAUGGCGGCGGCCGGGGCCGAGGCGCGAGAAGCUUGGUGUGUGCCUUGCCUAGUUUCACUUGAUACUCUUCAGGAAUUAUGUAGAAAAGAAAAGCUCACAUGUAAAUCGAUUGGAAUCACGAAAAGGAAUCUAAACAAUUAUGAGGUGGAAUACUUGUGUGACUACAAGGUAGUAAAGGAUAUGGAAUAUUAUCUUGUAAAAUGGAAAGGAUGGCCAGAUUCUACAAAUACUUGGGAACCUUUGCAAAAUCUCAAGUGCCCAUUACUACUUCGGCAAUUUUCUAAUGACAAGCAUAAUUAUUUAUCUCGGGUAAAGAAAGGCAGAGCAGUAACUCUAAACAAUAACAAAGCUUUGAAACCUGCCAUUGCCGAAUACAUUGUAAAGAAGGCUAAACAAAGAAUAGCUCUGCAGAGAUGGCAAGAUGAACUCAACAGAAGAAAAAAUCAUAAAGGAAUGAUUUUUGUUGAAAAUACUGUUGACUUAGAGGGCCCACCUUCAGACUUCUACUACAUUAAUGAAUACAAACCCACUCCUGGAAUCAGCUUAGUAAAUGAAGCUACCUUUGGUUGUUCAUGCACAGAUUGCUUCUUGGAGAAAUGUUGUCCUGCUGAAGCUGGAGUUCUUUUGGCUUAUAAUAAAAACCAACAAAUUAAAAUCCCACCUGGUACUCCCAUUUAUGAAUGCAACUCAAGAUGUCAAUGUGGACCUGACUGUCCCAAUAGGAUUGUACAAAAAGGCACACAGUAUUCACUUUGCAUCUUUCGAACUAGCAAUGGCUGUGGCUGGGGUGUAAAGACCCUUGUGAAGAUUAAAAGAAUGAGUUUUGUCAUGGAAUAUGUUGGAGAGUGUGACCCAAAUCUUCAGGUGUUCAAUGUUUUCAUUGAUAACCUCGAUACCCGUCUUCCCCGGAUAGCGCUGUUCUCCACAAGAACCAUAAAUGCUGGAGAAGAGCUCACUUUCGAUUAUCAAAUGAAAGGUUCUGGGGAUAUAUCUUCAGACUCUAUUGACUACAGCCCAGCCAAAAAGAGAGUGAGGACUGUGUGCAAAUGUGGAGCUGUGACUUGCAGAGGUUACCUCAACUGAAUUUUCAGGAAAUAAAGCUGAGGAUAAUUGUAGUUUUGUUUUCCAAUGUUAACAUUUUUAAAAUAAAUAUUUGGGACCCUUUUCAUAUUAUGAAGAUUAUACUCUUAUGUUAAUUUACAAUGCCUGUUUCAAACCAUUGGCCAAAAUGCAUUACUGAUGCUUCUGAAGAGAGGAACAUAGGGUCACAUAGACCAAUUUGAAAUAUACCUAAUUAGUGGUUAGAUGUCAAACAAGCAAGGAAAACUAGCACAGGUCAGCAUACACAUACUUAAGAAGUCUGUGUAAAUAGAGAAAUGCCUCCUUCAGUCUUCUAAGUGUUAAUCUGAUUUGUUACACGAUAAGAUCAAACGUUCAAGUUGCCAUACACCUUGAAUUUAGAAAAAUAGGUAAUUUAGUUUAGGCAAAAAGUUCUAUUUUUGUUAUGUUACUAUUCCUGUUUACCUAUUUAUUACUGUAAAUAUUAUCCUUGUAUUGGAGACAUAUAGGUGAUACUGAAUUAUACCCUAUUUUCUACUUUCAUUAAAACAUUGAGAGCUUGAUACAGAAAUUUAAGGUCUAAAAUUAAACAUGAGAAAAUUAAUUGCAGCUCAAUUUCAUAUUUUGAAGCAAGUCAAAGCAAGUCUUUCUUUGUAGAAGAAAAAUCUUCAAAAGGUCUCCAAGAGGCAUAAUGGCCUCUUGGAAAUGACACAGCAGUGGGACCAAAAAGGUGCUUUGGCGUUGCAGGCGCGGGAAGGGGGCUGCUCCAAAGGCCCCUUUCAAAAGCGUUACGUGGAGACCCAUGUUUAGUGCCUCUGGUCUAAAGAGUGCUUGAAGCAGGAGGCCCCUGAAAGCAGCCAUGUUCCACACAUCAACACUAUGGGUUCUGGAGGCAGACUUUUUAACAUUUCCUUUCCACCAGAUUUAACUAUUUUUAUAUUUCCUGCAAGCUCUUCUUUAAAAUAAUUUAUAUUUUGAGCUAAUACUUAUUUUAUAUAUGAAUUUUAUAAAUGUGAUAAAGCUAAACUUGGCUUGGCCAAAGUGUGUGCCUGAAUUAUAAGACCAUUUAUUACUUGAACUAUGAAGACUGAAAUGGAAUAUAUUCAUUGUUUUGUUUGUUUUCCUGCAUAGUAAAACCACAAUCAGGAAAAACGGUUUUCACCUCUUUCUGAUUCUUGGUUUUCUAAUCAUAGUGGCCAACAUAAAGGUAAUUGCAGCCAAUAAAUCCAGUUCUCAGUAUUCCUAAGCUCAUUGCCCCAGACUUUAAUGACCUAAAAUAAGCUUGAGUAAACUGAACUGACUUCACAAAUGCAUCAUGUCAAAUAUCUUAACCCUUAAACUUCUUUUUUGGGGAGAAGCUACACUUCACUUCAGUAUUAUAUUGGUAUUACUUGACUUUGCUCUUUCAUAAUAUAGGGUAAAUUGUUUACGUUUGGAGCCUCAAAGUAUAUCUACUAACCAAAACGUGCAGAAGGUAUCAGGAAAACAUACAUUUUUUGGUGCCGUUUCAUGUUUCUUUAUGAAACAAUAGUCACAUGGUGUCAGGUGAGACAGCAUCAUUGAUUUUACAGGUUGCUCCCAGUGGCCAAGCACAUUUUGAAUUAUAAUUGGUAAGUUUAAAGAUAUAAUUUUCACGUUCUUUUUUAAAAAGUCAGUGUUUUACUGUCUAGUAACUUAAUCUUGUCUACUUUUUGUUCUAUAAUGUAAAACUGGAGGGCAAAGGGAAAAUGGCUAUUUCCAGUCAACUUGUUUUGUCUUGUUUUGCCCAUACAAAUUUAAUGGGCUUUUGAGACUUCAAUUAUCUGUGUUAACCUUAUGUUAUUAAAAAGCUGAACUUAGGCAGUAAAAUAAUAGAAACUUUUUAAAAAUGAAGCUGUUAGGAGCAUUAACCAUUUAAAAUCAACAUUUAGCUUCUUUACAUUAGUUGCCUAAAUUGUCAGAGUUUAUUUUCAGUAUAAAGCAAAUAUUCAAGGGCAAUAUUUAGAUCAAGUUUAAACUGCCAAUCCACUGUACAAGUUGUAAUAAUACCACUGUCUUCAGUAGAUACUGAAGUAGAUACAUAUGAGGAUUGUGAUACACAAUUGGUAAUCUCAGGGGUUUUUUUCAUACAUGCAAAAUAUCAAUAGCACUUAUUAUAGUUCAACAGUUUUAAUUUAGCAAAUAAAUCUAGUUUGGCAUUUGAUUUUCUAUUUAUCACGUGUUAGCUUUGUUUCUAAUUAUCUUACUAUCUUUCCCAGGAAGGCUACGAAAAGGGGGGGAAAUACUGAUGUAUUCCUGACUGCCUGCUAUUGAGAUUAACCAAAGGU